CUACUGGGUGGGGACCGAAGAGGCGAAGCUGUUGUAUUGUGCGGUAGGGGCGCCAGACUCCCCGGUCCUCCCCCCACCCCCUCCUCCUUUUCCCCGAAGUGAAACAAAGCGAUACCCACCCGUGGGGGGGAGGUAUUUAGCCCUGAUCCCUCGGAAUUUUGUAGCGAGGGAUGUACUUAGAGGCAUGACUCGAGGCUGACUAAUGGGAUGGUUUCCCUUCCCAGCCACUCCCACCCACCCAAAAGACCCCUGUUACCAUUAUGGGUUUUCUGCGCAUUGGGCGGAGUCCAAGGCGGGCAUCUGGCUGCUGAGAUGUGCGGAGCAUAGGUGAUGCUGGUGAUGAGCUCACUAGGAGAGGAGGGGCUGCAAUGCAGCAGCGCAGGAUAGAGCACAGACUCCCAAGUUAGAAAGGAGAGUGGUGCUUACUGUAUCCUAGUUAUUUUAAAUCACUCUUCAAGAACUGGGUAUGGAGCGGCGCAUCUAUUAAGUCCUCACCUUGCUUUUCUAGGCAUGCUUGUAUGCCUGGAAUUAGGGAGGAGACAAGUGAAGCCGCUCGGAGUCGAUAGUUAAUUAAGAUUGAAUAAAAAUGGAAGAAGAAAUUGCUGCUCUUGUCAUUGACAAUGGCUCUGGCAUGUGCAAAGCUGGCUUUGCUGGGGAUGAUGCUCCUCGGGCUGUGUUCCCCUCCAUUGUUGGACGCCCAAGACACCAGGGUGUCAUGGUGGGAAUGGGGCAGAAGGACAGUUAUGUUGGUGAUGAAGCCCAGAGCAAGAGAGGUAUCCUGACUCUGAAAUAUCCGAUUGAACAUGGCAUUGUUACUAACUGGGAUGACAUGGAGAAAAUCUGGCAUCAUACCUUCUACAAUGAGCUUCGUGUAGCCCCUGAGGAACACCCUGUUCUACUUACAGAAGCUCCCUUAAACCCCAAGGCCAACAGAGAGAAGAUGACACAGAUCAUGUUUGAGACCUUCAACACUCCAGCCAUGUAUGUUGCUAUUCAGGCUGUGUUGUCUCUGUAUGCCUCUGGUCGUACCACUGGUAUUGUUAUGGACUCUGGUGAUGGUGUCACCCACACUGUGCCCAUCUAUGAGGGUUAUGCCCUUCCCCAUGCCAUCCUUCGUCUAGAUUUGGCUGGUCGUGACCUGACAGACUACCUCAUGAAGAUACUGACAGAAAGAGGAUAUAGCUUCACUACCACAGCUGAAAGGGAAAUUGUUCGGGACAUCAAGGAGAAGCUGUGCUAUGUUGCCCUGGACUUCGAGCAGGAGAUGGCCACUGCUGCUUCAUCCUCUUCCCUGGAGAAGAGCUAUGAGCUUCCUGAUGGCCAGGUGAUCACCAUUGGCAAUGAGAGGUUCAGGUGUCCAGAGGCCCUCUUCCAGCCAUCCUUCCUGGGAAUGGAAUCCUGUGGCAUUCAUGAGACCACUUUCAAUUCUAUCAUGAAGUGUGAUGUUGAUAUCCGAAAGGAUCUAUAUGCCAACACAGUAUUGUCUGGUGGUACUACCAUGUACCCUGGAAUUGCUGACAGAAUGCAGAAAGAAAUCACAGCCCUGGCACCUAGCACAAUGAAAAUUAAGAUCAUUGCUCCCCCUGAACGUAAGUAUUCCGUCUGGAUUGGUGGCUCUAUUCUGGCUUCUCUCUCCACCUUCCAGCAGAUGUGGAUCAGCAAGCAGGAGUAUGAUGAAUCUGGCCCAUCCAUUGUCCAUCGCAAAUGCUUCUAAAUGGACUGCUAGCAGAUGCGUAGCAUUUGCUGCAUGAGUAUUCACAAAGUAAAAAUUUGCCCUGGCAAAUAUACACCUCAUGUUAGCCUCAUGAAACUGGAAUAAGCCUUCUUUGAAAAGAAACUUGUCCUUGGGGAUGUUUGUAUCUGAUAUUAGACAAAUAUCGGCACUUUUUAGAUUGUUGAACCGUUACUGAUUUGACCUCGUAUUCAAGUUAACAGUUGUUCCCUUGGUGUACAUUUUAGCAUACCUUGUACAUAUCUUUGAUCUAAACCCUGAUACAGGUCACUUCAUUUUGACAGGUAAGGCUGAGUUAACUUCUAUAGAGAAUCAACCUGAUAACAUGGCAAUAUAGUAUCUGGCUGGUUGACACUCAACAGCUGUACAGUUUAGUUCUAUAAAGCAUCAGAUCUGUACAGGGUAUCUAAAGGUCAGAUUUCCAGCAUCUAAAAGAGCUGACUUGCAGAAUUUCUCUCCUAAGGCUGGCAAGAGUUUAUUAAAUGUAUGUUACAUCUUGCCAUCAUCCUAGCAGGAAUACAUAAUGAAUCCUUAGGAAUUGUUUUUUUUUUCCUUAACCCACUGUUUUCCCCCUAAGUCAUGGGGCUAAGUUACUCAACCUUGAGUUGCAAAAAAGUUGCAUUUACAACCUCUGUAAAUUUGUGCAUCUAGUUAAUUUAUGUAAGAUUUUUGUACGUUGCCUUAAUGUUCUCACAUGACAGUAGAAUACCAAAAUUUGUAAGUCAUCCUAAGAGUUGAGAAUUGUAAUGCCCAACACGUCAUUGUGUAAGGAAAAAUAAAAGUGCUGCAAGUAAACUGAA